AGAUUAAGUGCACGCAUUGAAAAAAGAUAGGUAUGUAUUAAUUUGUCUAAGUUGAUGUAAGAACAUAGUAAAAUAUUGAUAAAUGGUGGUGUUUUCCUUUAAAAUGAGUUGACUCAAUCUAUUGGAAAAUGCAUUUGAGGCUGAAAUGUAGAUAAGUCAAUCAGGCUUGUCAUGGCCGGUUUCUUCUGCAUGUGUGUGAUGGCCGGUGUCCAGAAACAUUUUGGCUAACAGUUAACUUGUGAUGACCUGGCUCAUCUCUCCACUGUAAAAGAUUCAUGAUUUUCACCUUAACUUGAUUAAUGAGAAUCAGAUAUACAAGUGUAAACCAGUUUGUUGGCCAAAUGUGUGGAAUUUGACUUGGGGAGUUGCUGUGAGGUCAUAAUGUAAGCUCUGUAAAAAUACGUAAAAUCAUGUGUAGCAUAAAUGUUAAGAGUUUAUUUUUAAUGUUUUUGUGGACUUACUGUACCUUUUUUAUCAUUUGUCCUUUUUUAAAAGUGGCAGGUCUUCAAAACAUAUAACCAGUUAUUUUAUGCUGAAAAGCAGAAUUAUCUAUACAGUAUAUAACAUAACUUUAUCACUUUUAGUAGAGAAUAGAUUUGACAGUACCAGUGUAGGCUACUCUAAUACUUUUUACAGAGACUGUUUAUUGCAUAAUCUAGCAAGAAGCAGCGGGUCAAUUUCCUAAUAAAAUAAACAUGUUCAAAGUUUGUGUGUCCUGAUAUCAGCAGUGAUAUUUCUGUGGCAAUGUAGCAUAUCUGAUAAAAUCUGAUUUAUCUAUCUGCAUCCUAUUGAGUAAACUACAUAAAAACAACUUGGCAAUGUUUUACCUUGAACUAAAGUAAAACACCAUGUUUUGGUUCUGCAAUAUUCAAAACAGUCUUCAUUUAUUGUUAACUUGUUUUGGUUUAACAACUCGGUUUAACAUUUUUAGUGCAUAAGCAAAACGUUAACCUUUUAUAUAAUUUCCCCUGAAGUUGUCAGUUUAGUGAUUUGCGUGCCUCAUGGUAAUCAUGCAAGAAAGAAAUAAAACGAUCUCUGAAAUUAGUUACGCUUCAACAACUUGGUUUUGGGUUCCGGUCACGUGGUGGUCAUACACAAGGGGUCGGUCUCUAGCUACACAGACGCACCGCCCUGGCAGCACCCAAUCUCUGCCGGUCUGAGAUAUGUGACCAUGAGAGUCUCAGAGACUGAGUCAAAAUAAGUCUAAGUAAGUCUAGCCAUGAUCAGGAAUGACUUUGAUAAGAUAUACUAUCAUAAGAGGAGCUGACAUUGGGAAAUACGGAUGUUCCCCGAGGCGUAACUGUAAAAGCGCGCGUGAGCACACAUUCAUUCAGAACAGGUCCUAAUAAGUGAACCCUGAAAUAAAGUCGCUGAUAUCAUCUGCGGGAAAUGGUGUAAAGUACUGCAAUCAGGUAGCGCGCAUUCACAUGCACGCCGCGGGACUUGAACUCUUGUGCGCGCUAUCCAGAGAGGAGCGCUAUGCGGCUGCGGACAGCGCGCGACUGGAUCAGCACUGGCGUUUGGGUUAAUCAAAGACAAGGUCUACAAGUUAAGCUUCCAUUGCAGAAGAUGACACAAUAAGCUGUCAGCUCAGUUUCUCUUCAUUUACCAACUAUGCUACCAAAAGAGCAACACAAUGAGGGCAAGGCAGCCAAAAUCCUCCACUAUGAAGAAGUCAAGUCUACGAAGAGAGAAAAGAGCGAGAUUGUGUAUGUGGACCCACCAGAUGGAGGUUGGGGUUGGAUGGUGGUUCUGCAUUGUUUCCUAGUGAAUGUGUUGGUAAUGGGCACACUGAAGAGCUUCGGGAUCUUCUUUGUGGCAUUGCAGGACGAGUUUGGAGGCUCAUCGGAGAGUAUCAGCUGGAUCGGGUCCAUCAUGUCAAGCCUCAGGCUCUCUGGAGGUCCGUUGGCCUCAGUGGCGUGCGCAAAGCUGGGGAACAGAGUUACAUCCAUAAUGGGGGCGUUUCUCGUGAGUGCCGGCUUUAUCUGCAGCAUAUUUGCCUCCAGCGUGAUCUACCUUUACAUUAGCAUGGGGCUGGUUGUAGGUCUCGGGUUUGCUCUGCUAUAUCAGGCCUCAUCCGUUGUAAUAGUGGACUAUUUCCGAAAGAGGUUGGCAACUGCAUAUUCUAUUGGACGCUCUGGCAUGGGUCUGACCUUCGCCCUCGCUCCCUUCACUCAGCUGCUUUUGGAUCAGUAUGCUUGGCAGGGUGCUCUGUUGAUUAUGGGUGGUCUGAUGCUAAACCUGGUGGCCUCUGGGAUGCUUCUGCGCCCCAUUAAUGUAACACGUCCAGCCUCUUUAACUUCAAACUCCGCCCAGUCCAAUGCUCCCCCUGACCCCCUAAGAGGAUUGGAAAAAGACCCAUCUAAAAACAACAUAAAUGGCAACACACCUGUGUCCAAUGGCAUCUCCAAAAUGGACAGCUCCCCUUCCUUUCAAAGAGAUACGCUUAUCAUAGAUAACCCAGCGCAGAGCAACGCUCUCCCACAUUUGGAACUUAAAAAACUCAUUCAGAAUGGAGUAAAUGGAACCGACAGCAGCCAAAUUAAAGUUGCCCCUGAGAUGAAUGGGGUAUCUCCUGUAGAUAAUUUACUUGAGAAAACCAGAACUGAAAAUGCACCUAAAAGUUCGAAUAAAGUGUUGGACUUCUCGCUAUUGAAGAACCCUCUCUUUUGCAUCUACACCUGGUCGGUGGUCUUCAGUCAGUUGGCUUAUUUUAUCCCUUACUUUCAUUUGUCUGCAAGAGCCCGGACCCUGGGCAUCGACCCCAUGGAUGCCUCAUUCAUUAUCUCUGUGGCUGGUAUAACAGAGACAGUGGCUCAGCUUGCAUCAGGUUGGGUGACGGACAAGAAUCUGGUUCACAAAUAUCACUAUCAUAAGGCUUACCUGAUUCUGUGUGGUGUGGUUAAUCUUCUCUCGCCCCUGGCCACCUCUUACAUCCUGCUCAUGGUUUAUGCUGUUUUCUUUGCUAUCUUCUGUGGGGGUUAUAUGGCGCUCCUGCUUCCUGUGCUGGUGGAUUUGGUUGGUUCUGAAAAGCUCAAUAACUCCAUGGGGUUCUCAAUGUUCUUUGUGGGGCUUGGCUGUUUAACAGGUCCUCCUCUGGCAGGCUUCCUGUACGACUACACUCAGACCUACGACUGUUCGUUUUACCUGGCGGGGGUGUGUUAUCUACUAUCAUCGGUUUCUCUUUUCUUGGAGCCUCUGGCGAGACGCUGGCAAGCCAAAAAAAAUCUGAAGACAUUAAAUGAAGAGCUAAUGUGGAGUAAUGGCUGUUUCUGCCCAGCACCUCAAAGAAAUGGUGCUGUAUAAGACUUUUAAACCAUUUCGUGCAGUUCACCCCUUGUGGGGUAAAUGAAAGAGGACCUGAACUUUUGAAUGGACCACAGUAUGCAUGGCAAGCAAAUGAAAGUUUAUUUAAAUGCUGAGAUUUAUCUAUGACCAACACAAUACGAAUGCUUGAGGACACUACAAUGCAAAAGUUUUUGCAAGAUUUUGAGUUUUGAUACAAAUCAAAAACUGUCAAUCAGCACAUACUGAGUCUUAAAUGGCAUUAUUUAAGCAUUUUUUAUAUUAAGUGUCCCUACAUGGUUUCAAUCUAGCACAUAGUCAACAAAUCAAAGAUCUUCCUAUUUUAAAUGCGUCCACUGGCUUGAUCUGUGUGUAACUUGGACCACAGGGCAAAUGGACGAAUUUGAUGGUGAUGGUUCUAGGGGUGUCCUGAAGUACCACACCAGUUAUCCAAAGUUUUUAUCUGAUUCUGUCCCAACCCACUUUUUCUUUUAUUUCCUAAGCAGAUUGAAUAACUAGGGUAUAUUUCAUCACAGUUGGAGCUAAAUUUACAGAAAGGUGACCCUUUAUGGUUUGACACCCCUAUUUUAUGCAAUAAGUUUGUAAAGGGCUGCCACAUAAAGCUGUGUCCCACAUUCUGAGCCUUGAAUGCCUACAAAUGUGUAUAUGAAUUUUUAUAACGUUUAGUACUAUGUACAGAACUGUAUAUGCUGGGCCACACUGACUGACAUUAAUAUGGAUCAAGUUUAAUUUUGUCACUUGGUUUGAAAGAUGUUCUGGUCCAGUAUCUCAAUAUUCCAAACAUGUUUUUUCUUGGCUGGUGCCAAAUGACACACUGUAGUGUUCACUACUAACAACCAAGUGAUUUUCUGGAACAAACCGCUGCAUUCGGAUUAUGAGUGAAAAGCCUUACUAAUGAGCCAAGAAUUGCAGGAAUUAGGUCAGUUGGUUGGUGGGUUCACGUGUACUGGAAACCCAGACGGUGAGCAUUUAUGCAGGGAGUUUCUUUGCAAUUUUGGUUGCAUUAAAUAUCUCACAGUGCAGCUCUGUUUAUCACCAGUUUGCCUUUGUAUGCAGCGGCUGUGCUAAAUGUCCUGUAAUGAGAGCCAAAGAUGCAACAAUAAUUUAUAGCUCUAUGCAUUUGAGCAUGUCCUCCUUAUUUAGCAAAGUGCAUUAAUUACUGCUCACACACUGCCCUCUAGUGACACACACUGUGUACUGCCACUGGAAUGCUGGGUCAAUUCAUGCAAGCCAUGCUCUGUAGAGCUUUAAAAAGCACAGUUACUUUAUUUUAGCAACACUGUGAUGUUAAACUGUUUAUAUGACUAUAUACGCACAUAUGUAACAACUAAAUGAAAUAGAGACAUUAUGUAGCAAUUGUUUUCAAGAUUUUCAUUAUUAUUUCAUUUAGUGCUCUUUGAAGGGUGGGUGGUUGUGUCAAUAAUGUUAUCUUUAAUUGUAAACUGCCUUUAAGACAGCUGCCUUUUUGGUUAGGGGCACUUGUCAUGGACAGUGACUUCAGCAGUUAUACUGUACUGUUAGUUUUGGAGGUUGUAUAGCUUGAUGCUAUGGGAAUAAUUAUGUGAAAGGUAUUUUAUACUUUUACUAAAGGUUUGGGGGACAAUAUGUUGUCAUUUCCUGAAAUGUUUGUUGAUUUCCAUAAGAUGUUUUUAAGGUUUCCCAUAUUUAGAGUUUUGGGGAAAUGAAUAUCUUACUGAUUGUAUUAAGAUGGGACAGAACAUUUUAACAUUAAAACUUUGUAUUGUUAUAUAAUGAUGA